CAUAUACACUUGCGACUUUUCGGUACCGGGAAAGGGUCAGUCAUAAAUAUCAUGUUGCGGAAGCCAGACUGCGCGACUGGACCGAACGGCAAGGAAAACGGGGCUGCUGGUCUUGCCCCGUCGAUGAAGAGAAUAUCGCUUCUCUAUUCUGGGGGCUGCAUCAUCCGGCAGAUAUUCGAGGCGAAGAACGAGAUAAGGCGCGUCGAAAUGGCCGAUAAAACGGAGAAUGUAAUUAGCGCCGAGGUGUCGACUGCCGAGUGUUACCGUCCUCGAGGUCGGCUUCGCUUUCCUACAACGCGGUGGCUCAUCGUCAGGGCUUAUUGCCACAGUUCGGCAUCUCAUCGCCGACUGCCAGCCAGCCUCCGGGAGGGAACAUUUAUGGGUGAUGUCGACGAGGAAGGGUGCGGCGUCAAGAUAUACAAGAUCUGAAUGUCCCGGAAAAAGUACUCAGGAAUUGGAGGACAGGCAAAAUACCCUGACUUCUCGUGCGGCUGAAUGGUUCAAAUUCUGGAGAUAAGAAUUGAAGGACAACAUCUACGCAAAAAGAACAAAAACACUUCGGUGAGGGAGAAAAACAUGAUGGGAGACUGAUGCGAUCAGUUUUCAAAAUACUCGGAAAAGUAAAAAAGUUCGUACGAAAAUGCGUGUAC